AUGGAAGCGGAACUGGCCAAUAAGGUAGAUGAAAUCAAAUUGGUUGACAAGGAGUCGAAGAACUCCAAAGAGAACGAUGGAGUUAGCAAGCCAAAUGAAACUGUAACUCCAGAAGGCGAACAUGAUGAAGGAAAACGUUUACCAAAGAAGGCAGCCUCGGAUAGCGAGAAUUCUGGUAAAAAUCCAUGGCAAAAGCCGUCUCCAACAAAUGAAGUUGGACAUACUGAAAAGCGUAGCUCAGCCAAUACUACUCCAAUAGCUAGUAAUGGUCCUAGCGUUAAAGAGACUAGUCGGCAACAGAAACCGUCAAAGGCUAAUUUAGUUGAUGUAGAAAAUUGGCCGACUCCAAGUGAAACAGCAGCAACCCAAGGUCCUAAUCAGAUACCAAAUAAUAUUCCUGCUAAUGCUGGAGAUAACGCAACUGCAUCCGUUAAAAUUACAAAAGAUCAACAAGAAGAAAACCCAAUACAAGCAUCACCAACAGCUGAAGAAAGCAGCCAGAAAGUUGGGAAAAAGAAGACCAAAAAGUGGGUCCCUCUGGAGAUUGAUCCUGUACUCCAUCAUCAGAGAACAAAUGAACAUGAUGACAGACAGUUUGGAAGUCAUCCAAGAGGCCAUGGCAGACAUUCAAAUCAUGGUGUAUCUGGUCAUGGUGGUAAUCACCAUCAUAGGAAUAGUAAUAAUCGUAAUAGGGGAACUCGAGCCCGUGGAAAUAAUAAAAAUAGAAAUCGUGGUGGCAAUAAUAGAGUUGAAAAUAAUCAUCAAGGAUAUCCAAGGCAACAUCAGCCUCCUUACAUGUAUCCCACAGUCAAUAAUAUGAUGCCUCAACCGCAAACUAUGGCGGCUACUGCAGCAGCUAUGGGAACAAUUUAUCCUAAUUAUAACAUUUAUCAGCAAACGUUUUAUAAUCAACAAGCUGCUCUUUAUAAUCCAUCUCUAUAUCAACCUGUAAUACAAUCGGAUCAAAUGGCUUUAAAGGAUGCUAUUCGAAAACAAAUUGAAUACUACUUUAGCCAAGAAAAUCUUUUAAAAGAUUUUUACUUGCGCCGUCAAAUGAAUGCAGAUGGUUUCAUCCCUGCAAAAACAAUUGCUGUAUUUUACAGAAUGCAAAAAUUAACGAAAGAUGUCAACGCUAUUGUCAAUGCCGUAAGUGACAGCGAAGUCGUGGAAGUAAUAGGUGAUCAACUACGGUGUCGAAUUGACCCGAAAAAGUGGCCAAUGCAACCGGAAGGUGCGAUACCGGAAGCUAAUCGGCCGUUAUGGGAAAAUACUACUCCUCGUCAAGAACAAGUGCAAGAGGAGAGUCAGUCUAAUGUUACGAGAAAAUCAAAGGGUGAAAGUGGAGCUAAUUUUGAAGGUAGUAGUAUGCCUCAGGUCGCUCAAACGAAUCCGCCAUUACCUGAAGCGGAGAAAAAUCAGAAAGACCCUGACCUUACUGCCGAUAAUGAAUCGGAAAAGGCUGAUACUUUUAAAACUGUGAAAGACACUCAUGAAGAAAAAACGAAAACAACUAGAACGCAAGGAAGCUCAGUGCAUACAGAAAAAUGGCAAGAAGUAAGAAGAAAAAAGUGGCAAAAUACGAAGCCAAGCAAGAAAUAUGGUGAAAAAUUCACAAGUCAAACCUAUCAAGGUAGCAACUAUGAUAGAGAAUUAGAAUUUGACUUGGAAGAGGAGCUACAGUUUGGUGGGAGAAAGAAAACAUUUUCUGAGUGGUCUGACGACUCAGAUGAAGAAUUUGAUGAUGGUGAUGUGCAGAAAAUCAUAAUAAUUACGCAGACGCCAUAUAUAAGUAAGAAGCACCCUAGUGGUGAUCGAACUGGUGUCUUUACUUCUAGAAAUAAAAUGACGGAACAGCAUGCUGAAAUUAUCAAUGAAGGGUUAUAUUAUUACGAACAAGACUUGCAGAUAGGUGCAGGUUACAAGAAUGAAGUUUCAAGCUGCUUCAAAAAAGUAGAUGUAAUUUCAUCUAAAGAAUUUGAAAGUCAAUUACAUAAUAGUGAUUCCUAUCGAAAACCUAACGUCCAGGAAGAUUUUCCUUCGUUUUAUGUUGAUAAAGAUCAGGAUAGCAAAGAUAGCAGCAAAAGUGAAGGUAAAAGUCAAGAGAAGAGACAACGAGCAGCUUCCAAAGGUAAUAAAAAGACCGAUGCUAUAGUCAUCGGUAAAGGUGCAAGUGGAGACAAACAGAGAACGAAUAAGUCAUACGAUAAAGUAGAGGCAAGGUUUUACCCGUUACCGAAUAAAUCGCAAUCGAUGGCGAAGAAGGCAACAAACAAACAGAAAACGAAAUACAGUCGCAAUCCUCCAGUUGAAAGCCAUGUUGGCUGGGUGAUGGGAGCUGAAUCCUAUGGUUCUAAAAGUUCAGAGUAA